AUGGUGGACGGCGAGACCAAUAAAGGUGCCUUUGAUACUGUACAAGUAGCUUUACGGAUUAGGCCUCUUAUGCAGCAAGAAAUAGAACGAGGAUGUGAUGAGUGCAUCGAAGUUGUACCAGGGGAACCGCAAGUUCAAAUUAAGGACCUAGCUUUCACAUACAAUUAUGUAUUUCCACAACAUAUUACACAAGAGGAGUUUUAUGACACUGCAGUUAGAGGUCUCAUAGGAAAAUUAUUUCAAGGGUACAAUGUCACAAUACUUGCCUAUGGACAAACUGGUUCAGGAAAAACAUAUACUAUGGGUACUAAUUACUCAGGUUCUGAUGGGGACUCCACAAAGUUAGGUGUGAUACCACAGGCUGUGGCUGACAUAUUUGACUUUGUAGAAACUCAUGAAAAUAAGUUUAUUUUCAAAGUAACUGUUUCUUUCAUGGAGCUAUACCAGGAGCAGUGCUAUGAUUUGCUGUCUGGCAAGGAACGAGGUCAUAGUGUUAUAGAAAUAAGAGAAGAUAUCAAUAAAGGUGUCCACUUGCCAGGUAUCACAGAGCUGCCUGUAACAUCAACUAUGGAAACAAUGAUGGUUUUGGAGAGAGGUUCUAUUGGUCGAGUAACAGGAUCCACUGCUAUGAAUCAAGCUUCAAGUAGAAGUCAUGCUGUUUUCACCAUUGUUAUAACUAAGGAGAGCCGUACUGAUAAAAACAUUGCAACUACAUCAAAAUUUCAUUUAGUGGAUUUGGCGGGUUCAGAGCGAAUAAAAAAGACGAAAGCAAGUGGUGAAAGACUUAAAGAAGGUGUAAAAAUAAACCAAGGUUUACUGGCACUCGGAAACGUCAUAUCUGCACUGGGUGAUGGGACUAGCAGGAGCUACAUUAGUUACAGAGACAGUAAACUUACCAGGUUGUUGCAAGACAGUCUUGGUGGCAACUCACUGACAUUGAUGGUAGCUUGUGUAAGUCCAGCUGACUAUAACCUUGAUGAGACAGUGUCAACACUGAGGUAUGCGGAUCGUGCGCGUCGUAUUCGCAACAAGCCAAUUAUAAACCAAGACGCGAAAGCUGCUGAAAUUGUCAGAUUGAAUAAUUUGGUCAAUGAAUUGAGAUUGCAGUUAUUAGGAAAAUUACCCACAAUUAGUGAACAAAGUAGUGAGCAACUACAAGAAGAGUUGGAUAAAGAAAAAGCAAAGUAUGCUGAAUUGUUGAAAAAACAUAAGCAAAUAACUGAACAUCUUACCAAUAUGUUGAUUGAAAAUACGAAUUUGUGUGAAAAGGCACUUUUAGCAGAAGCCGCUAAGGACAAAAUCGAACGGAAGCUUAAUGAGCUGACAGAGCAAUGUAAUCAAACAAUAGAGAACUUAAGUAGUACUGACCAAGCUCCAAUUGAGGAACGUAGGAAUAGUGUUGUUGUCUAUCUUAAAGAAAUAAAGUCUAGAUUAGAAGAUUUGCAGUCAGUUAAUAUGAAGACUAAUGAGGAAUUAAUUGACCACGAGAUUAAGCUGUCAUUUGUUAAGGAGGACAAUGAGAAUGAUAAGGUUGAUGAUGAAAUGCUCUUGAAUGAGGACCAAGCUGUGUUGGAGGAAGAGAAGAGAACUAUGGGUCAGGUGGCAUUAAAUCAAGAACUGCAGGAAUUGAACCGUGCAAUGGCAAUCAAAGCAUCGGUUGUUCAAGCAAUAUUGGCCAAUAACAAAGAAAUGUUGGAGAGUCACAACAAUCUGAAGGAGAAUGAGGAAAAGAUAGCACACUUAGAGAAGGAAAGAGAUGAGCUUAUGCAACAGUUAAAACAAUCUAAGAGCAAAGACCCAUCCCACGAAGAGCGUCGUACUAAAGUAUCUGCUUUGGAAUCUGAGAUAUCAGAGCUGAAAAAGAAAUGUCAGCAACAGGCUAACAUUAUUAAGACUAAAGAGAAAAAUGAAGCGAAGAUUGCCGCGCUUAAUGCUGAAUUACAAGCUAUGAAAGCAACUAAGGUUAAAAUAAUCAAACAAAUGCGUGAAGAGAGUGAGAAAUUCCGUAAAUGGAAGGCGGAUAACGAACGUGCCAUGUUACGCUUGCGAAACGAAGACAGAAAACGCGCUACCGCCAUGGCUAAGAUGGAGUCGCUUCACGCUAAACAGCAAAACGUAUUAAAACGCAAAAUGGAGGAGGCUGUUGCCGUCAAUAAACGAUUAAAGGAGGCACUGGAGAGACAGAAGCAAUCCCAGAUGAAGCGUAAUGCUAAAGGCAGUGUCAAAGCAGGAGCAGUACAACAGUAUAUCGAGCAAGAGCUGGAAGUCCAUCUAAGUAUUGUUGAAGCUGAAAAGUCGCUGGAGGAACUCAUGGAGUAUAGAGCGUGGAUAACAGAGCAGAUAGAAAAUCUACGAAACAGUACCGACGACGAGGCUAACAGAAAGAAGAUUGCAGAGUUAGAAGACGAUCUUGCUUUGCGUAAGGCGCAAAUAUCAGAUUUACAGCAGAAGAUAUUAACUGCCGAUCAAGAAAAUAAAUCGCGGACACAAUGGGACAACAUUCAAUCGAUGCUUGAAGCUAAAGUUGCCCUCAAAUGUCUGUUUGAGCUAUUGGUGGACACAAAGAGGGACCUUCAAAACCAAAGUGAGAAAGGCUUUCAAGCGCGUUACGAGGAAAUCAAGGAGGCUCAUGAUAGGCUGGCAGUGGAGUAUGAGAAUAGCAAGACUGAGUUUGAGAGGCAAUUGGCUAUGGUCAAAAUGCAAAAUGAACAAAAGUUGAGUGCAUUAGUAGCACUGCAACGGGGAGUAGUGGGCAGAGGAGAUAAGAGUGAAGCAUGCAAACACUUACAAAAUGUAAUACAAUACCAACAGGACCGCUUAGAGCAAAUGGAACAAGAAAAUAAAAAAUUAGCCGACGAACUUGACCAAUUACGAAGUGCUACUAAGAAAGGUAAAAAGAGAAGCAAGAAGGAGAAUGACACGGGACCAAAGAAAGUGGAAUAUGUCGAACCCAGUGAUGAAGAGGAUGAUGAGUUUGAAGAUCCUGAGAAUGAUCCUGACUGGAGAAUGACACCAUUAUUUAAGCGAAUACAGGCGCAACGAUCGCGGCUCACGAUGAACUUCACGGGCGGCGAGGCGGACACGAGCCGCGCGGUGAAGCGGGCCAGCGACGGCGCGCCGCACUGCACGUGCCGCGGCUCCUGCUCCACCAAGAUGUGCGGCUGCGUGCGCUCCGCGCUGGGCUGCGGCGCCUCGUGCCGCUGCCAGCCCGCGCUCUGCAAAAACAGGCGCACCUCUGACAGCGACGACAAGGAGAACAAUCCUUCCAGUUCAGAGCUUAGUGCUCUAGACACUACGCCUCCGUCGUCGUCUUACUUUGACAAACGAAAUCACCUUGACGCUACCUAUGUUAAAAAGAAGAAAAGCUAUUUUUUCCCACAGGAUUCGGCAAAUAAUAAGGUGAGGAAACAUUUGCAACAUUAUUGUAAUAAAUUAAUACAUGAACAUAGACAAAUGUCAGCGAGAAAAUGA